UGUGCUGAGGAGCCGGCCGCCGCCUGCUGUCCCUUCACCCGCAAAGUUUGUGAGGCAGCCGGCACCGAGGAGGGCGCGCCCCCGGGGGAGGGGGGAGUACGGGGAGCGCCCGAUGCCGGGCGGCAGGAGCCGUUGACCCGGGACGGAGCCGGAGCGCCGAGCAGCCGAGCAGCCCGCCGCCUCCGGUGCAUGGGGCCCGGCUGAGGAGCCAGCAUGGGCAACUGCGUGGGGAGACAGCGCCGGGAGAGGCCGGCCGCCCCGGGACACCCCCGCAAGCGAGCAGAUUAGGGAGCUGAGGUUCUCAGAAAGUGAGACGUGCUGUAGUCAUACAGUUAAAAAGCAAAAUAAGGACUCCAUCUCAGUCUGUAUAGCUUAGCAUUCAGAGGAGGGGCGAGCAUCAAGAUGCCAACACGGAAGAGACCUGCUGCUCCAUUGGGGAGGGUACAUCCUGGCACAGAGGAAAUACAUGGACACCAGACGCAACGAACCCCUGAAGAAAGAGCGACUGAAGUGGAAGAGUGACUACCCCAUGACAGAUGGGCAGCUGCGGAGCAAGCGGGAUGAGUUCUGGGACACGGCUCCUGCUUUUGAAGGUCGCAAGGAGAUCUGGGAUGCCCUCAAGGCUGCUGCCUAUGCAGCUGAGGCCAAUGACCAUGAGCUCGCUCAGGCCAUCCUGGAUGGCGCCAGCAUCACCCUGCCUCAUGGUACCCUCUGUGAAUGCUACGAUGAGCUGGGCAAUCGCUACCAGCUACCCAUCUACUGCCUGUCGCCACCAGUGAACCUGCUGCUGGAGCACACAGAGGAAGAAAACCUGGAGCCUCCCGAGCCCAUGCCCAGUGUGCGCCGAGAGUUUCCACUUAAGGUGCGCCUCUCCACGGGCAAGGACGUGAGGCUCAGCGCCAGCCUGCCUGACACAGUGGGGCAGCUCAAGAGGCAGCUGUACACCCAGGAGGGCAUUGAGCCAUCCUGGCAGCGGUGGUUCUUCUCUGGGAAGCUGCUCACAGACCGCACGCGGCUCCAGGAAACCAAGAUCCAGAAAGAUUUUGUCAUCCAGGUCAUCAUCAACCAGCCUCCACCACCCCAGGAUUGAUGGACCCAGGGACCCCUGGGAAGAGUCGGCUGCCAGGCCUCCUGCCUGGAGCACUAGGCCUCCCAUCCUGCUGCUGCCUUCGAUUGCCGUUCUUUUCUUCAGGGGUGCCUCGCUGCUGUGUGGCUGUGGGCAAGCAGAGAAAGGACCCUGUCUACCAGGGGCACCGUGGGCCACCAAUACCUGGCACCCAGGACUCAGUGCUGCCACACACACAGGCCUUGCCAACCUUGACAGAGAAAAGGCGAGCAGGAGCCCAGACCUGUCCUCUGGUGCUUCUGACUAUGCUCACUCCAGUUUUCUGCUCAGGGUCCGAAGCAGCUGCUGUCUCCAUCCCCCACUGCCACCCCCUGAGUCUGUCCUGGGCCCAGUGCUAGUCCCCCAGCAGGGAGGGAGCCCCUGUGGCGGGGAGCCCGAGGCUGACCUCUGCCUCUUCCUGCCCCCAGCACAACUGGCAGAUGAGGCGGGUGGUGAGGUAGGCGGGUGGGCCGGCAGGGGUCUGCUCAGGGCCAUCUGGCUGUCACCCACACUGUGGGAUUACUGCAGCCUGGUCAUGGCCCCACAGCAGGUCUCUGUGUACAGACAUCUGCAUAUUUAUCAAUAAAGCCUUUUGCUCCUCC